CGUUCUGUGUUUGUUGUAUUGCCUAUCCGCGAGUAACUCGACUGUCACCAAUAUCAUCAAUAUCAUCGUUUUUCCCGCUUUUGUUCUUGAAGAAAAAUUUCAUUAAUCGCCGUCAUAUUGCAAUCUGUUUUAGUUAUUCUAUGGGAGUGGGUUUUCACAAGUGAUAAAGUUUCAGCAACAGUGAAAUUUAGUAUUUCCUAUGCAACUCUACGUCAAAUGCGAUGCUCAGCAAUUACAGCAACUGCUCCAGUUGUUAGGCUCGGGACAAUCGACACUGUGUGAAUGCGUGUGUGGUGAUUAGUGUCUGUGGGUGACGCUGGAAAGUAGAUUUCAUUUUAGGUUGUUAUAACUGAGAGUAUAAAGAUGAAAAUUGAAAAUCAGUUGGAUGUAAAGGAUACUGUACCAUCAGAUCUUCUGAAUGGGAAAGAAGCUUCCACUUCUGGUGGACCAGCUGGAAACCUGCAGGUAGAAGAGAAGCGUAGAAGGGCCUGGGAGCAGUGGUCUGCUGAUGAUAUUGCAGCUUUCUUUGAAGGCCUAAAUGAGUUUGGCAAGGAUUUCGAUGCAAUACAAAAUUGUUUAUAUACUAAAAAUAGAAAAAAGAGCCUAGUUAACUCAACAAAUAUCAAGAACAAAGAUCAGGUGCGCCAUUUCUACUACAGAACAUGGCACAAGAUAUCAAAGUAUCUUCUACCAACCCCAGAUGAAGGCAAACGAAUGCACAAGGAACUUUAUGGACUAAUCAACUAUGGAGAAAUGUGGAAAAAGUUGGGUGGUUAUUUCAAUGAUCGCUGUGGAGAAAAACUCAAUGAACUGGUCCAGCAAGGUGUUACAUCUGUGAAGAUUAAGGGAAAAAGCUAUAGAAUCAAAACACCUGUCUGCCAAGCAUUAAAACGUCUUCAGUCCCCUGGAACAGAAACUCAGAAAUUGCCCUCGGUUCCAGAGAGGAUUGUGAUGGAACUCACACCCUGUUGUAAUGCCGAUUUUCUUCGUGUUCAGUCCGUCGCUCACAACCCUCGUAUACGUAUUAGCACCGAUAGCUCUUUGCCUUUAUCAUCCAUCAUCAGUUUUCUCACGAAAAAAUGGAAACCUCGUUCAAUACUUGAAGCCGAAUCUGCAGCUGAAGAUGAACUUAUCAUGCGAAUAACCCCAGACACCAAGCAGGCUGUAUCGAUUGGCAGUACAAAAAAGGGGCGUAAGAGAACAUUUAGCGGACAAGAUCAAAUGGAUGAAACUGAAGUGAAAUUAGAAGUCAAAAGCUGGAUCCUUGACACGUCUGACCAGGUGACAGUGGGGGAGGUUUACAACAUAUGCGGAGGUUCCGAAGGUCGACUACAACUUACUUACGCCUGGGAGCGACGUAGCAAACCAGAACAAGAUUCUGACCAUACGACGGGACGAGAUGUCGUAUCUUUGCUUGCCGCAUUGGUUAAUAUUGCAAAAAGCUCUUUGAUGAAGAGUCAACCGAGUGGAGAAAUAUUCCCAGUCAAGAAGGCUGCGCGUCGUCAAAUAAUCCCUUCACAACCAUCAGACGGGUCUUCAUCGGAAAUGGGAGGGUUGGUAGGGGGAAACAAUUCGGCAAGGUCACCUUUGAGUGAAGCUAGUCCCACUCAAAACAUUUCAAUAGAGUCUCCCAUUCAGUUUUCCCGCAUGAGGCAGCGGCUCCGACGUCCGCUCCGUUAUGGUUCCUCGUUGAAACGCGGUUCUCUCGCCGCAACAUUGAACAAAAUGCCCGGUCCGUCGCCAGUUAUAACGUGGCCUCAUCCAUCAUCCCUGAUGGCCCAAUCCACCACAGUCAACAUAACUUGGCCACCAGAAGAAAACGGUAAUGGAACGGGUUCGUUUGUUCUGCAAGUUCAUCUUGAUGGCCAACAACAGCAUCAGCAGACGCAAAACGAAACGUCACCGCCACCAUCAACGUCUUCUGCUCCAAUCUAUCUAUCUCCGAAGAAAGCAUCUCAUGUUCAAAGUGCAGCUGAAUUAGACCGAGACUUUUUCCGACCGCCCUCUAUUUUAUUACACACUCCUGUCAAAGCGGGUGGAUCCGGAGGUGGUUGGGCUACCGCUUCCACUGCUUCUUCGUUACCUUCUACUCCUAAUCGUUUACAAGAAUGGAUGUCUAUUUUAAUGCCUAAUACACCCGAGAAGAAUGGAAAUGAGUCUUCGUCGGUUAGGAGUAUCCCGUUUUCGAUACCGGAUAGUUUGAGUAGCUUUUUUGGAGAAAAUGGAACUUUGCCUUCUUUGGCCUCCAGUCUACACAGCGGGGAGGGUUCGACGUGGCAGAAUCGAGACGGUGACGAGAUAUCGCUAAGCAGUUUGCUGAAUCAAUUAGUUUCCCCAGCCAAGAGUACAGCUAGUAGUCGUUACACGGAUUUGAAACUUCCGUUUGAUUUGCAGUCGUUGGUGGCCGAUAACAGCGUGGAUCUGACAGCCAAAUUCGCCGAGUUGGCAGCUUCCAUAGCUGCUGCUGAUAGCAACACCUCUAAAAAUCGGCCUUAGAUUACAAAUUUAAAUAAUACUUCGUCGUUUCAAUUUGACAUAUACGUAUAUGUAUUUAAUUUAGCAAGGAAACUCUCCGCAGCCGCUAAUCUAUGUUUAAUUGAUUUCCUCUUCUGAAAUUACCUGAAAGAUCGUUUUCUAUUGUCUAAAUCAAGAAUUACCCCCCCCCCCCUUUUUUUUUCUUUUGUCAGCUGUUGGACUCUUUUAGAUUUCAGGACAAGUACAAGACAAACUUGAAAUGGUGUCCAGUUCCUUUUAAUCCUCAUGUAACUGUUGUAGAUGAUUCGGUACAAAUCCCAACCCUCAUCGCUGUUUUUAAUUAUGACACCAAUUAUAUCGUAUUUCAAUCCCGAUAAAAGAAAGCACUAAA